AUGAAGAACCCUAAAGAAUUUAAGCCUUGCUGGCGCCAAAGAUCUCCAGACCCUGUUUCGCUCGAAGACCUUAGCAUCGAAGGGAACAGGGCGGUCUUGGUGGCCAAUUCGUUGACGCAGGGCAAAGAAGUGGCUCAUCGUCACGCUGUCUGCCAUCUGCGUGCUACUGCCUCCUCAAAUGACCGAUCCGCAACGCUUCUGUUACCCGCGGGGCAUCGUGAUAUAGAAGCCCGAGUCUCGACACUGCAGCGCAGAACGUCGUUAAGGGACGCGGGUCUAUCGACAACGACGACGACGACGACGACGACAACGAUGAUGUUCCAACGUCGUCGCCAUCCUUGAGAUCUAACCACCACUCGAGGCUUGCGUUGUCUCGAAAUAUCGAGACCAU